AUGACACGAGGGAAGUCUAUUGAUCCCGUCGUUUCACCCUCCCUCCUCUCUGCUGACAUUAACACUGGGACCAUACAGCCCCUCUCCCUCCUUACUGCUGACAUUAACACUGGGACCAUACAGUCACUCUCCCUCCUUACUGCUGACAUUAACACUGGGACCAUACAGUCACCCUCCCUCCUUACUGCUGGCAUUAACACUGGGACCAUACAGUCACCCUCCCUCCUUACUGCUGGCAUUAACACUGGGACCAUACAGUCACUCUCCCUCCUCACUGCUGGCAUUAACACUGGGACCAUACAGUCACUCUCCCUCCUUACUGCUGACAUUAACACUGGGACCAUACAGUCACCCUCCCUCCUUACUGCUGGCAUUAACACUGGGACCAUACAGUCACCCUCCCUCCUUACUGCUGGCAUUAACACUGGGACCAUACAGUCACUCUCCCUCCUUACUGCUGACAUUAACACUGGGACCAUACAGCCACUCUCCCUCCUUACUGCUGACAUUAACACUGGGACCAUUCAGUCACUCUCCCUCCUUACUACUGGCAAUAACACUGGGACCAUACAGUCACUCUCCCUCCUUACUGCUGACAUUAACACUGGGACCAUACAGUCACCCUCCCUCCUUACUGCUGGCAUUAACACUGGGACCAUACAGUCACUCUCCCUCCUUACUGCUGGCAUUAACACUGGACCAUACAGUCACUCUCCCUCCUUACUGCUGGCAAUAACACUGGGACCAUACAGUCACCCUCCCUCCUUACUGCUGGCAUUAACACUGGGACCAUACAGUCACUCUCCCUCCUUACUGCUGGCAUUAACACUGGGACCAUACAGUCACUCUCCCUCCUUACUGCUGGCAAUAACACUGGGACCAUACAGUCACCCUCCCUCCUUACUGCUGGCAUCAACACUGGGACCAGAGAGAGUCACUCUCCCUCCUUACUGCUGGCAUUAACACUGGGACCAUACAGUCACUCUCCCUCCUUACUGCUGGCAAUAACACUGGGACCAUACAGCCACCCUCCCUCCUUACUGCUGGCAUUAACACUGGGACCAUACAGUCACUCUCCCUCCUUACUGCUGACAUUAACACUGGGA